CCCGCCGGCCUCGGGGCGCGGGGGGACCGGCGUGGCGGCGGACCCGCCUGUGCGCCUUCCUCCUCUUCCUCCUCCUCCUCGCCUCCGACACCACUAUGGCUGCUACAGUGAACUUGGAGCUUGAUCCCAUUUUUCUGAAAGCCCUGGGCUUCUUGCAUUCAAAGAGUAAGGACUCUGCAGAAAAGCUGAAAGCACUUCUUGAUGAGUCUUUGGCCAGAGGAACUGAGUCAAGCUAUCGUCCAUCUCAGAAGGAAGCCGAGCAACCAAAAGUAUCUGUUACCAAACCUAUUAAGCAAGAGCCUAAAACUACUUCUAGUUUGCCCUCUGGCAACAACAAUGGCAAGCCCACUGCAUCAGAAAAGGUGAAAAAAGAAACAGAAAAGAGAUCUGCUGAUAAAACAAAAGGGGAUACUGCUGAAGGAGCUGAUGCACCAAAGAAGCCCAAAGUAGAGAAGCAAGAGGCUCGUUCCUCUCCUAUUACAGUUCAGACGAGCAAGGAUUUAUCCAUGCCUGAUUUAUCUAGCUUUGAGGAAACCAGUGCUGAUGACUUUGCUAUGGAAAUGGGAUUGGCCUGUGUCGUUUGCAGGCAAAUGACAGUUACUUUUGUGAAUCAGCUAGUGGAGUGUCAGGAGUGCCAUAAUCUCUACCACCAGGAUUGCCAUAAACCUCAGGUGACAGACAAGGAAGUGAAUGAUCCUCGACUUGUAUGGUAUUGUGCCCGCUGUACCAGGCAGAUGAAGAGAAUGGCUCAGAAGACACAAAAGCCACCUCAAAAACCAGCUCCUGCAGUGGUUUCAGUUGCACCAGCUUUGAAGGAUCCAUUGGUCAAGAAGCCAGAAAUUAAGUUAAAACCUGAGACCCCACCAGCUUUUCUAGCAUUCAAGAGAACAGAAGUCAAGACCUCAGCAGCAGUUUCGGGGAACUCUGCCGGUACAAGUGUUUCCUCUUCAGCAACGAGUGGCCUUACAGGAUGGGCUGCUUUUGCAGCCAAAACCUCCUCUGCCAAUCCAUCAACUGCCAAACUGGGAUCAACAGCACAGAGUGCCAGUGGGAAACCGGCAGCUUCUUCAAAUAACCAGAAACCUGUGGGUUUGUCAGGGUUGGCAACUUCAAAAACAGGACUGGGGUCAAAAAUAGCUUCUGCCAACAACAGCACAAACCCUGUUCAGCUGAAACCUCCUCCACCUCUGACACUGGGGAAAACCACCCUGAGCCGCUCAGUGAGCAGCGACAACGUCAGCAAAGUGGGUCUCCCGAGUCCCAGCAGUGCCGCGCCG